UCCCUAACUAACUAUAUAUAUCUCUUUUCAUACUGUUUCUUUUCUUCCAACCAUUGUUCAAAAUACAUCUUACAAAUCAACAAAUUGCAACUUCUUUCCACUUUCAGCAAGGAUGGAAUUGGAAUCUGUGACUUCAAUGUUAGGAGAUUGGAACUCCUUCAAUGGAGUAAAUGUCGGUGAUGAGGCUUAUUUUAUGUCACAAUUGCUUGAUAAGUUUUCAGUUCCAAACGAAUCACAGAAUUCUUCUCCCUUUGAAGUUUCUUCUACAUUUUGGCCUAAUUAUGAGGUUGAUCAUGAAACUUGGGUCCAUUUGCCACAAGAUAAUGAUUUGUCUGCAAGCUCUAAGAAGCGUUCUAGUAGCAUGGCUGAUGUGUAUGAGAACGUGGAAAAGAGAAAGUGUAGAAAAAGUCAGAAGCUUGUUUCUAAUAACAACAAAGAUGAAGGUGACAAUGAUGCAGUUUUUGGACAAACUAUGAAAAUAUAUGGAUCUGAUGAAGACUCAAAUUGGUCUCAAGAUUCAAUAAGUCCAAGGCCAAAACAGGUACAAAUUUUGAAGACAAGAGCAAGUAGAGGGACAGCAACUGAUCCACAAAGUGUCUAUGCACGGAAAAGAAGAGAAAGAAUUAACGAACGUUUAAGAAUAUUACAAAAUCUUGUUCCUAAUGGUACAAAGGUUGAUAUAAGCACAAUGCUUGAAGAGGCUGUUGAGUAUGUGAAGUUUUUGCAGCUUCAAAUCAAGUUGUUGAGCUCUGAUGAUAUGUGGAUGUAUGCUCCUAUUGCAUACAAUGGAAUGGACAUUGGGCUUGACUUAAAAACGAUCUCAUCUUUAUCACCAAGUUGAGUGCAAAAGUUGCAAUAUUAAAGUUUGUUAAGUUUCUCUGGAAUAAGGGGUAGUAUAUAUAUUUUUAGUUUAGAAAAUAUAAAGAAUAAAAAUCGAUCAGAAGAAGCUUUUAUGCUCAUUAUUGCUUCAUUAUGUACAUUCAUGUAAA